AUUAUGUAAAUCAACCAACCUCAAUAUCCAAACUAAAAAUAUAAAACAUAACUCUGUAGACAUUUUAGUAAAGCAUAAAAUCAAUUUUAGUUACUAAUGGUAAUUGUGCUCUAGGUGCAAGAUGUCAAUUUGCACAUGGAAGACAGGAACUUAGAACUAACCCUAAUGGGUUUCAACCAAAUUCUGAAUUUAAUAUCCCCUAAAAUCAAUAAGGAACUAUUCCAAUUAAAGUUUAACCCGUUAAUCCUAUGAUUGCAAAUUAUAAGAGUAAUAUUUUACAUUGAUCUUAUCUUAGCAUAAUUAUGCAAGCACUUCAACCCAUAAACUGGAUUAUGCAAAAAUGGAGUUACAUGCACCUUUGCUCAUGGAGAAUAAGAGCUUAAUUAAAUUAAUCCUUAUUUCUAAAAUUAAUAUAUGUAGUAGUAUCAAUAUUUUUAUGAUAGGCUUAUGCAACAAUAAAUCAAAUAACAAAACCAAGCUCAAGUAUAAGCUGAUCUCACUUAAUAGAUUUUAAUUAUGAUCCUUACUAAUAUGGAACAUAUUUUUCCAGGUUAAUAAGUAAAUAUAAUUCUCAUUUCUUAAGGAUAUAAUAAAUCUACUUAAAUAAGGCUAAGAAAAAGCCAAGUAGGGAGACAAUUAGGGUGCAAGUGAAAUUAUUAAAUUAAUUAUUCAUGCUGAACAAAGAACUAAAGAAGAAAAAUAAUAAUAUCAAUAAAUAUAUAAUAACGCCUAAAGGCAUUAUGAUUCUAAAUUAAAAGAAUACUUAAACCAAUGA